AUGCGCCGUUUUAUUCCAUUGUUUAUUGGGCUUUUGCUAGCCGUUGAUGCCUUUCCGGGGUAUAACCCAGAAAGCUUUCCUGACAGCGAUACCCAACCGGCUCUAUGCUCUCAAUCAAAGCGCAGCCUGCUAUGUGAUCCCAAUCGGCUCCUCCUCCCGGCUGAUAACAACACUGAAAACUAUGACAAGAUUAACGAUAAACUGGGCCAGUUGCGGUAUAAUACGACCUGCACGUGUGGAGCAACGGAUACGAACCUUGGGGUUUGCGGUCAAAUCGGGACGUGGGGAUUCACCGCUUCAAUUGCUGUUGUCGACCGGAUGAUUCUUGGUGAAAAUCAGCACGAUCGCGAUUCGGUGAUGUCGGCCAUCGAGGAGUUUGCCACACGCUUGCGCCGUCGAUUCCCGCGUGGUAACUGUGAUGACGAUAUUUUCAUCGUGCUAUCGGUCAACGAUUUGGCGGUCUGGACCUCUGUGGGAAAGGUGGCAGAGCGCUAUCUAACUAACGAACUUGUCAAUACCGUAACGAUCCGGGCUGAGUCGUACUUUAAACGCUCAAAAUGGACCGAUGGGCUGAGCUAUAUGCUUGAUUCGUACACAAAAAUCUUGAAUGGCCAGCGUAUCGAACCGUUGGAUGUGGAUGAAUGGGUCUGGCCAAUCCCAAAAUGGGCUGUCAUCGUGCUGGGAGUGGUAGUUGGAUUGCUACUAUUGGCCGUAGUUGGCCUGAUAAUCUAUUGUAUCGCCCGUUGCUUCUGCUGCAAAGAUCGCCGCGGCAAUUAUUCCACCGUUAAUAGGAACCAGUAUCACUUG